AUGGCCGGCUCAAAACCAGUCAAGUUCUAUGGUUCACAAGUUGGCGGUUCCUCCACAACCCCACACUCUUACACCGGUUCCCCCUGGGUCCUCCUCCAGCACGAUAUCGCCUCGGCCUUCCAUUACAUCCUCUUCCUCCCCUUCAUCAUAUUCCCGCUCUUCCCCCUAAAAUCCGGCCCGCUAUGCGAGCUCUACCCAUCCUCCGCCAACCUGUACGACAUUUCCCUCCAUAUCAUUCUCAUACUGCUGCAACUCCCAUUUGUGCUGAGCGUGCCGUUCUGGGUUGUGUUCCCCUUGUGGUGGGUGCUAAUUGGAGUUGCGGUUUUCGUUGGUGUUAACGAGGCAAUUUGUUGGCUGUUGAAUGGCAAGGAGAUGGAGGUGUGGAGUAAGGAUGAGUAUGUGGAGGGGAGAGGAACGUUUGAGAAUGAGCAGUGGAUUUUCCUGAAUGGGGUUGCUGCUGGAAGAAACUGGUUGCAGAAUAAUGUCGACCGGCUAGCUCUUACGUUUGGACGUCCUGUAUUAGGAGUCCACAACAGAACAAACGGCAUAAUUUUCGACGUCGUCCAAUGCCUUAUCCAACGCAACUUUACCUACGCAACCCAAGAUGUGCGCGACUGCUACCAAAUCAUAAAACGCACUCUCUACCAACCUCAUCUCACGAAAGUGAUUUUCAUCCUCCACUCUCAAGGCGGAAUCAUGGGCGGCAUGAUCAUCGACUGGCUCCUCCAAGAAGUCCCCCAAGACCUCCUCGCUAAGCUCGAAGUCUACACAUUUGGCAACGCAGCGAACCACUUCAACAACCCGCACCUGCAUCUCCUGAGCCAACAAGCAGCGCUUCGGUCCCCUAGUAAGCCGUACACGACGAAAACCACCACCUCAGUACACUACCACGACCCCUUGCCCAACGGAAAUCACCAUCAAAACGGAAACAGAAAUGGGAACGGAGACAGCAACGGCACAGUCCUCUCCCCACCUGCAACCCACUCCCAAACCUCGCGCCAACAAACCCCCUCGGGGAAAGCCAUCCGCUACAUAGAGCACUACGCACACACGGCGGACUUUGUCGCCCGCUGGGGUGUCCUUCACUUCACCACCGCAUUCUCUUCCUCUUCCUCGCUCUCGCCCAUGGCGCCGCGCUUCAUGGGACGGGUGUUCGAGCGGGAGGGGAAAGGCCACCAGAUGAACAUGCAUUAUCUCGACGCCAUGUUUCCCCUCAAGCCCGCACCGGCUCCAACACCACCACCACCACCACCAGCACCAGCAUCUACUACUACCCCCCCAAACCCUUCCAACCCCAACCCCAUCCUCAUCCCCUCCGUCCUCUCUCGAAUCGCCACCCUCUUCUCCCUCCGUUCCUGGCCUCGCAGCAGCAGCAAAAACAAGAACACAACAAGCGCGAGAGGCGGAAUAGGCAACUCGGGCUUCCUCGGCUGCGACGACACUCCCGCCGCAAACGCCUUUAUGGAGUCCGUGCUCGAGCUCGGAGCAGGAGCAGGAGGAGGAGGAGGAGGGAAGCAUAAACGCGGAGUCGACGGCCGCCGCGAGGGCUGGGCAAUGUCGUAUCUUGGCGCUCAUGGGGAGCCGCUGCUGCAUGGAGGGGGCGAGAAGGAAGAGGAGCAGGAGGAGGAGCGGGAGCGGGAGGGUUCGUCGCUGAGGGAUAAUAUGUCGCCUAUUUGGACGGGAAAGCGAGGGUCUAGGAUGGGUAUGGGUAUGAGCAUGGGGAUGACGCCUCUGGAGGCCAGAGACGGUAGAGGUAGCAGUAGCGGUAGCGACUGGAAGCUUGUUAACGGCGAUAGGCCGCCCCUGGUUACCCAAUCGAAUAACGGUAAGAUCAAAGACGGCGGGGCCGCGCAGGACAGGGACACAAACAGCGAGGACGAGGAACGGGAAGAGGAACGGGAAAGGAAGAUGAAGAUGAAAAAUAUGGAAAAGAUGAAAGAGAUGAGAGAGAUGGAUAUGAGGUUCCAAGUCAAGGAUUUUAGUAGAUUGUGGCUCUAUCGCAAUGGGAGGAGUCCUAUGACGGACGAGACGGAUAUGGGGAUUAUGAGGAUGGCUACGCUAUAG